GCGCGGCGGGGCGGCGCAGGCGGCGGCGGGGGCAGCCCCAACCGGGGCGGCCGGGGGCUUCGGAGGGCGGUGUCGGCGCAUGCGCGCUGCGGCCCGAGCGGCCGGUGAGGCGGCGGUAAGAUGGCGGCGGCGGCGGAGUUCAGCGGUAGUCCCUUGCUGUCGGCGGGGGAGGAGGAGCCGCCGCUGGGGCUCGACUCGCUCGUCGAGGAGGCGGCGGCGGCGCCGAGCGCCGGGUUCCGGCUGACGGCAGUGCGGCGGGAACCGGCGGUGAGGCUGCAGCACGGUGUCAGCGGGCUGGAACCGCUGGCCUGGUCGGAGGAUCACCGGGUGUCGGUGAGCACGGCCCGCAGCAUCGCCGUCCUCGAGCAGCUCAGCGAUGUCCACAGCGGCGGGCAGGAGAUGGUGAUCCACCGCACGGCCGUGCCCGCGCCCACCGCCGCCUGCCUCCUCAAGGUUGGUCCAAAAAAGGAGGUAGCAGAAUGUAAGGAAAAGUUUGCAAGUUCAGUGGAUCCAACGGUUAGUCAGUCUUUUAUGCUAGAUCGAGUGUUCAAUCCCGAGGGGAAGUCAUUGCCGCCUAUGCGAGGAUUCAAGUACUCCAGCUGGUCGCCACUGGGCUGUGACGCGAAUGGAAGGUGCCUGCUUGCCGCUUUAACCAUGGACAAUCGACUGACCAUCCACGCAAACCUCAACAGACUGCAGUGGGUGCAGCUGGUGGACCUGACAGAAAUCUACGGGGAGCGUUUGUAUGAAGCCAGUUACAAGCUCUCUAAAGCUGACACUCCUAGGGGAGAGCUCGGAGACUUCUCUGAAUUUCAGCGAAGGCACAGCAUGCAGACUCCGGUGCGCAUGGAGUGGUCGGGCAUCUGCACCACUCAGCAGGUUAAGCACAACAACGAAUGCCGGGAUGUCGGUAGCGUGCUCUUAGCAGUACUCUUUGAAAAUGGUAACAUUGCAGUUUGGCAAUUUCAGCUUCCAUUUCUGGGUAAGGAAUCAAUUACUUCUUGCAAUACCAUAGAGUCCGGAAUAAAUUCCCCAAGUGUGUUGUCUUGGUGGGAAUAUGAACAUAACAACCGAAAGAUGAGUGGACUUAUUGUAGGGAGUGCUUUUGGACCGGUUAAGAUCCUUCCUGUCAAUCUAAAAGCAGUCAAAGGGUACUUUACGCUGAGACAACCCGUAGUCUUAUGGCAAGAAAUGGACCAGUUACCAGUGCAUAGCAUCAAAUGUAUUCCUCUUUACCACCCCUACCAGAAAUGUAGUUGUAGCUUAGUGGUGGCUGCCAGAGGAGCUUAUGUGUUUUGGUGUCUCUUGUUGAUAUCCAAAGCGGGUCUGAAUGUCCAUAAUUCCCACGUGACAGGGCUUCAUUCUUUGCCAAUCGUGUCUAUGACUGCAGACAAACAGAACGGCACGGUGUAUACAUGCUCCAGUGAUGGAAAGGUAAGGCAGCUGAUUCCGAUAUUCACAGACGUUGCUUUAAAGUUUGAGCACCAGCUGAUUAAGCUCUCGGAAGUGUUUGGCUCUGUCAGGACUCACGGAAUAGCAGUUAGCCCAUGCGGUGCGUACUUAGCAGUUAUUACGACAGAGGGCAUGACUAACGGUCUUCACCCAGUUAACAAAAACUACCAAGUUCAGUUUGUAACCCUUAAGACUUUUGAGGAGGCAGCUGCGCAGCUCUUGGAAUCUUCUGUUCAGAACCUUUUCCGGCAAGUGGACUUGACAGAUCUUGUGCGCUGGAAAAUUUUGAAGGAUAAGCAUAUUCCUCAAUUCUUACAGGAAGCACUGGAUAAAAAGAUCGAGAGCUGCGGUUCUACGUACUUCUGGCGGUUUAAGCUAUUUCUCCUGAGGAUUUUGUACCAGUCAAUGCAGAAGGCUCCCUCAGAGGUCAUGUGGAGACCUUCACACGAGGAUGCAAAAAUCUUGAUAUCGGAUUCCCCUGGGAUGGGCAGCACUGAAGAUGACCAAGAGGAGGGAACUUCUAAACAAGGCAGCAAGCAGAGCCUAUGUAACGCAGGCAAAGGUAUGGACAUAGAUGACACUGCAGAUGAUUCUGUUCCUCAGUCAAGUGACAUAGGAGGCCGCGAGCCAAUGGAAGAAAAGCUUCUUGAAAUACAGGCACAAAUUGAGGCAGUAGAAAUGCACUUGACACGAGAGCACAUGAAACGGGUGUUGGGAGAAGUUUAUCUACACACAUGGAUUACAGAAAACACCAGUAUUCCCACCAGAGGAGUCUGUGACUUCUUAAUGUCCGAUGAUGGCUAUGAUGACAGAACAGCACGCGUGCUGAUUGGGCAUAUCUUAAAGAAAAUGAACAAACAGACUUUUCCAGAGCACUGCAGCUUGUGUAAAGAGAUCCUGCCAUUCACUGAUCGCAAACAGGCAGUCUGCUCCAAUGGACAUAUUUGGCUCAGGUGCUUUCUAACCUACCAGUCCUGUCAGAGUUUGGUAUACAGGAGGUGUUUGCUUCACGACAGCAUUGCACGGCAUCCAAGCCCAGAAGAUCCUGAGUGGAUCAAGAGGUUAUUGCAAGGACCUUGCACGUUCUGUGAUUCUCCUGUGUUUUAGGGAAAAGCUAUGUAAAGAUUGAAAGUAUUUUCUCUGCUGCAUAAGCUCGAAGGAUACAGAGGACAGGAGUACAGACUUUACUGGAGGGGGAAGACAUUGUCUGUGACCCUGUAAAUAGAACAUCAGAGGUUCUAGAAACUCCUUAAAUCCAGAGCCUGUUCCACGCUCCAGAAACAGGAGUACAUCUGGAAGAGCGAGUUUAAAAAGCGGUUUGGAAAUGCACCCCAUUGGAGCAUCAGCAGUUGGACACGCUUCCUUUUACUGAAAAGGAACUCCAGUCGUCAGCACGCGGUGUGAACUGUCCUUUCUGCCCGACAACUGUGCCAUUUCCCAAAAGCUAGGACGGGAACAGCGGAGCUGCCUCUUGAAUGGUCUUGGUGGGUAGAGAAGGCUUCAGCUUGUAGUGCUCUCGUUUGCUUUUUAACAAGCACCGGCACUUACUGCAGAAUAUUGAACUAUCAAAAUAAUUUGUGGUUCUAAUUUCUUGCAGAGUGAAACAUAUGCCAGUUACAGCCAUAUGAAAGAAAUUGGCCACUAUGUUAGUUUCACUUAAAGUCUAGAAGAAUAACUGCCUCUUAACUGUUAUAACGGCAUUGGAGUCAGAAGGGUAAUAUUGGCUGUUUGGGUCAAAUAUGGAUCAGUAAGAAUAAUUUUUAAAUGUAAUAAUUAUUAAACUAAUAGCAAUUAGAUUAAGCACUAAUAUAUAUAUAUAUAUAAAAUUUCCAUUGGUCCAAGGCUCUUGCCCCAUUUUCUUUUUCUGAACUAAGUUCUGACUACUUCGUAGCUUUUGCCAACGUAAAUGCCUUGUGUUUCACUCAACCCUCUACUGACAGGAGUAAUCUUUUCCAGUGUAACUCAGUUACCAAAACUAUUACCAAAUAUCCUUAUUUUCAAUUGAAUUGAGAGCCUCUCUCAUACAUCAGUUGAGUUUUACAGAACUUUGACACACAAAUAAUGACUCCCAGCUGACAGUUUCUCUUUUCAUAACAACACAGUUAAAAAAAAAAAAAAAAAACACAAAAAACACCCCAAAAAAAGACCCCCACCCCAAACCCCAACACCACUAUCGCUAAGAUGUUAAAGUUUCUGCAGGUGGUCAUAGAGUCUGGUGAUGUUGUUCUUUAUAACCCUGACUUUCUCAUCAAGAGAUUCAUAAAUCAUAAAUAUGCUAAUGAUGUAGCAUGGCUGAGCCCAGAAAAUUACUCUGCCUUCUAACUGUCCUAGCAGAAAAAAAUCCCCAUCUUUCUCUUUGGCAUCUGGUUCCUGUGGAGAGCAGGAGAAUCUUUUUCAACUUCCUAUGCAGUGUUAGAGGAAUAAUACCUCCAAAAUGUGUCUGGUUAUUUGGUACUGUUUGUCUUGUUAACUUAAAUCCAUGUUGUCAAAUAAUCCAAAGUUUAUGUAUGUACAUUUUUCCUAGUACCGAUCUGGACACUCAGCUGUGUUGCCCUCUCUGUGAUUCACAACACUUCUAACCGGGCACGAAGCCCUCUAUAGCGAUGUGAGAAAUCAAGGAAUUGCCCUGGCAGUAUCAGCCUCCAACACCACAUGUCUGGACUGGUGCUUAAGUUCCCUUGAUUUAAUGACUAUGCAUAUUUUCUUAACAUUCCUUCACCCUCAGUAGGCGCAAACUUUUUUUCAGCUAACCUUAAAACAAGUCAGCUAUCCUUCCUGUUCAGUGUUUCAGGCACUAAGCAUGAUAGUGCUUUGACUGAGAGUAAUAUUAACAUAGUAGACUAGAACAGCAGAAGCACAUUCAUCUGUAAAACAAUUAGCCUUGUUUGUAAAUAUCCUUGGAAGUGAUACCAUAACUGUAUUAAAGAAAUGUUUAGUUUUUUAUUGCUGUGCAUUGAAAAAUUGAAAUUACUUCAGUCUGUCUGCAAAGAAGGAAAAUGUAGAUCGUGAUAGCAUCUAGUAAAACCAAGAGUAAUGUUGAUACCCAACACGUGCGUAGUUUGAGGCCAGGUAUUGUACCUGGGGCAGCAUUUAUCUUCUCCUUCCCAGUGCUGAUGGGGUUUGGGGGGAACGGAACCUCAAUGCUGAACAGCAGGUUUGGACACAGUGGUAGAGAAAACAUUUUAAGUGGAAGCUGCAAGUCCUGUGCAGGCAGCCCUGACCAGCUCAUCCAUAAGUGUUCAGAUUCAGCAAUUCACCCGACUAUAGAAAGGUGAGAGAGCUCUCCAGAACCAUGUGAAAGUGCUUUAAAAAAAAAAGAAAUAAAAAGCACAAAGACCAUUUCCUUGACGUUGGGGUAGAAACCAUAAUACCCAGAUCUGCUGAAAUGCUUGAAAUGCUUGAGUCUGGCUGACCAAAAGGUUUAGCGUGAUAGCAUUAGGUUAGUUCCUGGUCAUUACUUCUGCAGUUCUCUUGAAUUUCCCUGGAGUGAGUUUUAAUGCUUUAGAGACGUAGAAGCUCUGAUACACCUAGCAUUAAUGUUGCAGCAUUAAUGUUUAUUUUCCUUGUCUUUCAAGGCAGUAGAUACUCAGUAUACCAUUGCCAGUUUAUUUAACCUGAUUUAUGCCUGCUGGGAGAAUGGAAGGUUAAAGCCAAUGAUGGCGGAUCUGUCUGCAUGCCAGUGGAGAUCCUUUAGCACAAAGCUUUCACUCCUCACCCUGACCCAUUCACAACAGGUAAAGAGGUAUUAUGAUUUCACUUUUUUUAAAAAAAAAAACCAUCACUAGUCCCUAAGUGUAUUUUUAACUAGCAUAGGUUUGACUGGUAUAGCACACCUCAGACCAGUAACGUUUAACCUCUGAUGCUGAUCUUACUGGGUUUUUCUGCCCAGCUACCAGCUGAGACUUCCAUCCGGAAACCUUUUGUCUAUCUUGGACUCAUGACUUGCAGUUCCAGGAGCAUGGAGGUUAGUCCCGUUCCUGUUGGAGUGCUGUAACAACCUGCAGGGCUGCAGCAGCACCUUGAUGCUUUGGCCCUCACAUUGCAUAAUCAAACCCCUUGCUUUCAUCCCACAUGGGGAAGGCGAGCGGGUGAGGAAGGUACGAGCACCUGCUGCCAGAUCCUUGUGCUACUUUGCCACUGAGUUGCCUUCUCAAACUAACGCAUAGCCAAGCUAUCCAGUAUGAAGGCCCAGUCAGUUUUGAGACAUAAAGUGAAGUAUUCACAGAAUAAAUAUCACAAAAUCAGUGUUUAUCUCGCUAAGUUUUUGCCCUAAGUUUGGUGAGAUACUUCAAACCAAGUGAGUAGUUUAAGGCUGUCCACAACUGCUUUGCCAUCUGGUGGUAACGCCAUGGCUGUUCCCGGUGCCUCAUCUCCAGAGGAAGAAUAAUGUUCCAGCAGAGAGACUAAGGGUUAAUUGUGGUAUUUGCUGUUGCACCUGAGAAUUAAUAGCCAGGGAUGCUGCGUUCUGUGUCUGGAGCUAAUGUGCCAUUGUCCUUGAUAAGUAGCUUCUGACAGCAUUUAAGCUUUGCUACUCAUGCUGAUAACAAGAGUUUAUCCCUCCUCCACUGGGAUGAAGUAGCCCAGGCUAGCCCAGGUUCGAUGGUUGGGCAGCGCGGCUCUGGACUGUACAGCUUUGUGGUGCCUCGGGGCUAGAUGCCAUCGUUUGAACUAGGGUGAAAGUCUGGGGUCACGAGGACUCUAUCUUGGGUCUCCAAACUACCCCUUCUGCUCUAGAAUUGGUGCCAGUGGAACUCAUUGCUUCCUUUUACCUUAAUUCAGCUCUGGGUUGGGGACUUCAUUAUUCAGUCAUCCUUCUCUUCUGUACGUUUCCGCAUCCUAUAAACCCUAUUGUAUAUUCCUAGGGAGGAAAUAUUGCAGUUGCUAAUUGUAUAAGGUAAUAAAUAUGUCCUUGAUUUUCUUAAACUUACCAGCUUUUCCACUUGCUAAUGUAUCACCAGUGAGCAUGGGCAGCGUAACACCAUUUAUUCUAUCCUCAUUAAGGGUGUCUUGACAUAAAAAAACUGAAUGUAAACAUUUAUAGGCCUAGUUAAAGGCUAACAAAUCACACUUGUGCUGUUAUGCCCUAAACUAACAUUUACAGGAGACUUGUUUGUACAAGUUUAAUUUCUCAGAUACUGAGCCCUUCCUUCCUUUAUUACUCGUCCACUGUUUCACAAACUGGGUGGCCUUGCAGGCGGAACUGCUGGAGUCUCAGUUGCCACCUACAGGUACGGCCUCGGGGAGAGAAUGGGGCAGAGAGCCCGUCCCCGCUCCUCCGGGCCCUCACCGCGGAGCAGGUCGGGGUUAACCCCUGAAGCUGUUGCUCUUUUGACAACAUCUAAACUUUGCGCGCGAGACAGAUGUGCGAGGCCAGUUAGACGUGCUGCCAGCAGAUUGUCUUCAGGGGCUGCAGGAAGAGGAAGGUGCUUCUUCGUUCCCUCUCGUCUGCCUUUCUGCCGGAGCGGAGCUCGGUAUGUCAGUGAGAGACCACCACGUGCCUGCUUCCUACUGGCAGUCAAGAUAAAGUGCUUGUUGGCAUUUUACAACCGAUUUCAUGCUGUUUAUUGAAUUCUUUCUGGCAGUCACCUUAUAAGUACGUAGUUAGUAGCAGUCCAAUACUUAACAAUAUAAUAAACCUCAAAAUCUGUUACUGCAGAGCACUAGUUUAUAUUUUUGCAGCUGGAAGUAAGGGCAAUAGCAGCCUUAGCCUCAACAUUUUGGUCGUCAUGGCAAAAUUCGGAUUUAUAGUAAGCAUCUAAAUUAACUGGAAGAAGGUGUUUAUGGGUUCUCAGUAAAAAAGGUGAGAUGCUCAGAGUAGUUACCAACAGUCUGUCUGUUCUCAUCCCGCGCUCGUAUUGCCUUUUGAAGCUUUCUGUAUCAGGCCUGUAAGCACACAAAUUACGCUGGUCAUACUCCAGGCUGACAUCGAAGCGGGUAGGGUUUAUUCUUUAGCCAGAACCGGUACAAAUGUCCAUGAAUAGCAGGUUGGAAAGCUGCUUUUUCCCCCUCUGUGCGGGUAAACAAGGACAACUGGAGCAUGGCUGUGUUCAUCUGGAGUCCCGUCCUACCUGUCGAAGGUGCAGGAACCUUAAGAUGGAGUCGAGCCUUCCCUUGGAAGUCUCCAUCCAGGAUAGUUUUUCCCAACUUGCAGAGGUCAGUAUGCGUGCACAGGAACGCCCACAGGGCUUUAGGUUUCACUUCUAACGGAGGAGGGCCUCGUAUGUGUACUCUCACUUAAAUUUGUGCUAACCUUUGGCUGUACUCAGUUCCAGCUCAUACUUUACGCUAGAGGCGUUCCCAGACCCUUCGUGUCAGUUGGACUAUUCUUAUUUCUGUCACUGUUUUUUAAUGCCAACUCAGUUUUUAGCACUUUUCACUCGGAAGACCUGGAACUCCCGCUGCUCUGUCAUGGUCGGGGUGGCGACCUCAGGAGUGUCACCGCUGCCUGUGGAUGAUAGUUUUGGUUGCUGCAGUGCAGCCAGUACACGGGGCACUUAUUAGCAUUAACUGUACUACAGUUUGGGGCGGAAAGCGGAGUAAUUCCCUGUGCUGUCCCAAUCAACCAAAUCAACCUGGAUGUGAAUGUUUGGAGCACCUUCAUCACAGGAGGUCUCGGGCACUGCUGAGAGCCUACAGCAGGAGUUGCAGGGCUGUGCCAGCCCGGCGGCAUUCUUAUUUAACACAAAGCUAGGAGGCCAGCCCUGAAAAGGGAAAACCCAAGAGCCAUCCAAAUGGAACUGUUCAGAGGAGAGUUUAAUUUAAUUGCUCUGCUAAUCUAGUUGACCUCUUCAUGCUGCUUCAAUUCCGUUCUGGGGUGUGAGUGUUGUAGCUGGCCGACCUUGCGGCCACCAGGCUGAACAAAAAGCAAAGUGGAGUUUUCAUCUUAAGUUUCCGGAUUUUUCCUUUGAGACUUAGUUCAUGGAAGGGUCUGACAAAGUUGCUGUGAAUAUCGCUGCUGUGUAUAUGGCACAUUUUGUAAACGUGAAGCAAACCUGGAUGAAUGUUUUGUAUACUGGGACAGUAGCAUUGUAAUCCUGCUCCUUUUUUAUUCUAAAUAAAUAAAUAAAGUACUUGUU